AUGCUAAGUGAUUACACCUUUCUUUCCGAUCAUUCGUAUUCUCUACGACCUGUUGCUGAUGAUAAUGAUGAUUUGCCAUUGAAUCAACGUGAAGGAAAAACUAAGAAACGUUCUAGAUCAUCAAAUCGCAUUAAUAAAACAACAUUAACUUCAAAUCGUACUGUAUCAAUUGAUCGUAGUUCAAGUGAUAAAGAGAAUAAUUCAUUAAUUUCAUUGCAUUUAAAUCGUGUAUCAUUAUCAUCGACAAGUCCUGCAAUAAAUACAACUAAAUUAUCCAAAGAUAUACGAUUACAAAAAAAAACAAGUUCUCGUUUAUCUGUACAAACAACUAUGACUAAUUCACGUACACAAUCAGGAAAUAAACAAGAUAAUAAAACUCGAGCAAAAACUGGUAUCAAAUCGACACAAAGUAGCAUUGCUAAGAAGAAAAAAAUAACUAAUCGUGGCAAAACAAAAUCAAUUAAUAUUUCUCAAAAUAAUUCUAUUGAUAUUUUACCAUCAUUAUCUAUUGAAGAACGUGUAAAAUUACGUCGAACAAAACCACUUCAAUUAUCAACAACUAGUAGUGUUGAAACCAAACCUGUCAAAAUAAGUAAAUCUCAAUCGACAAAAAUUCGUCCUAUUCAACAAGAUAGUGAAUCAAUAACGAAUAAUUCAUCAUCGAAAAAACCAACUAAAAUAACGAAAUCAAGAAAAAAUUCUCCAGUUGUAUCGACAAUUAAAACGACGAAAUUAUUUCUUGGUUCAGGUCUUGAUCUUGACAAUAUUGUUCCCGGCAAUCGACAACGACGUAGUGUACAGACAUAA